AUGACGUCCGAAAAUGUUGCGCCUGAGGGCGCCAAAGCAGCUGUUCUGGUACCGUCGGAGGCCAUUCCUGAAGAUGCAAAGCAGGUUAAGGGGCUCGAAUUUGAUCAAUAUGCCGACCGAGAUAUUACCGCCGCGGAAUUAGUCGAGAAUAUGGCCACAAUGGGCUUCCAGGCCAGUGCUGUUGCUGAGGCAGCUCGUGUCAUUAACGACAUGAGGGUUUGGCGCGACCUAGAAACUGGUGAUAAGACCACAAUCUUCCUCGGGUACACCUCCAAUCUGGUAUCCUCCGGUCUCCGGGAAACAAUCCGCUAUCUGGUUCAACAUAAGCAUGUCUCCGCAAUCGUUACAACUGCCGGUGGUGUAGAAGAGGACUUUAUUAAAUGUCUUGCUCCCACUUAUCUGGGCAGUUUCUCUUCCCCAGGAGCUGGUCUUCGUUCCAAGGGCCUCAAUCGUAUCGGCAACCUCGUCGUUCCCAACAGCAACUACUGCGCCUUUGAGGACUGGGUAGUUCCUAUUCUCGAUACUCUCGUUGCCGAACAAGAAGCGUCGAAGUCGACAGAAACACCUAUACAUUGGACACCAAGCAAAAUCAUUGCCCGCCUGGGCAAAGAAAUCAACGAUCCUUCAUCUAUAUACUACUGGGCCUGGAAGAACUCUAUUCCCGUCUUCUGCCCUGCCCUGACAGACGGCAGCCUCGGUGACAUGAUGUAUUUCCACACAUUCCGCUCCUCUCCUGACCAGCUACGAGUUGAUAUUGUCGAAGACGUGCGUGCUAUCAACACUUUGAGUGUUCGCGCCAAGAGGGCUGGCAUGAUCAUCCUCGGCGGUGGAGUGGUCAAGCACCAUAUUGCUAAUGCAUGCCUAAUGCGCAAUGGUGCUGAGAGUGCAGUGUAUAUCAACACCGGCCAAGAGUUUGACGGCAGCGAUGCAGGAGCUCGACCUGAUGAAGCUGUUAGCUGGGGCAAAAUCAAAGCUAACGCAGACAGCAUAAAGGUCUAUGCUGAAGCAACUGUUGUGUUUCCUCUCAUCGUGGCUGCUACAUUUGCUUCCCAGAAGAAGCAGGCUUAA